GCGAGCAGGGGGCAGGCGGACAUCUUGGGAUCCGAAGAGUGGCCAGGCCAGCUGAGCAGGGGGCCGCGGACACCAGGUCUGUUCUCAGAGAGAUGGGCCAUGGAGACGGAGCUGCUGCCAUGACUGGAGGCUUAUUCAUCUAUAAUCACAAGGGUGAGGUACUCAUCGCCCAAGUCUACCGAGAUGACAUUGGGAGGAACGCAGCGGUUGCCUUUCGGGUCAAUGUUAUCCAUGCCGGGCAGCGGGUACGCAGUCCCAUCACCAACAUCGCUCGCACCAGUUUCUUUCACGUUAAGUGGUCCAACAUCUGGCUGGCAACUGUCACCAAGCAGAAUGUCAGUGCUGCCAUGGUCUUCGAAUUCCUCUGUAAGAUGUGUGACAUAAUGGCUGCCUACUUUGGCAAGAUCAGCAAAGAGAACAUCAAGAACAAUUUUGUGCUCAUAUAUCAGCUGCUGGAUGAGAUCCUAGACUUUGGCUACCCAGAGAACUCAGAGACAGGCGCGCUGAAAACCUUCAUCACCCAGCAGGGCAUCAAGAGCCAGCAUCAGACAAAAAAGAGAGUCUCAGAUCACACUGGGCAGAUUGUCUGGUGGCGGGAGGGCAUCAAGUAUAGCCAGAACGAGCUCUUCCUGGAUGUGCUGGAGAGUGUGAACCUCCUCAUGUUCCCACAGGGCCAGGUGCUGAGUGCCCAUGUGUCAGGCCGGGUGGUGAUGAAGAGCCACCCGAGUGGCAUGCCCGAGUGCAAGUUUGGGAUGAAUGACAAGGCUGUCAUUGAGAAGCAGGGCAAAGGCACAGCUGAUGAAGCAAGCAAGAGCGGGAAGCAAUCAAUUGCCGUUGACGACAGCACCUUCCACCAGUGUGUGCGACUCAGCAGGUGUGACUCGGAGCACAGCAUCAGCUUCAUCCCACCAGACGGAGAGUCUGAGCUCAUGAGGUAUGGCAUCACCAAGGACGUCAUCCUUCCUUUCCAAGUGAUCCUGCUAGUUCGGGAAGUGGGACGCACCAAGCUGGAGGUCAAGGUGGUCAUUAAGUCCAACUGCAAGCCCUCACUACUGGCUCAGAAGAUUAAGGUGAGGAUCCCAACCCCAUUGAACACCAGUGGGGUGCAGGUGAUCUGUAUGAAGGGGAAGGCCAAGUACAAGGCCAGCGAGAACGCCAUCAUGUGGAAGAUCAAGUGCAUGGCAGUCAUGAAGAAAUAGCAGAUCAGUGCUAAGAUUGAGCUUCUGCCCACCAACAACAAGAAGAGAUGGGCUCGACCCCCCAUUUCAAUGAACUUUGAGGUGCCAUUGGCGCCUUCUGGCCGCAAGAUGCGCUACUUGAAGGUGUUUGAACCGAAGCUGGACUACAGCGACCAUGAUGUCAUCAAAUGGGUACGCUACAUUGGCCACAGUGGCAUUUAUGAGACCCGCUGCCAGCUGCCUAGUGGCAGCUAGCCUGCCUCCCCACCCCCCUGUUCCACAGGUCUGGGUG